AUGGAUACUGCUCAGUGGCCACAGGGAAUUGUGGUGAAACCAAUAGAAGAGAUAGUGACAAAUACAUGCCCUAAGCCUGCAGCAGCAGCAGCAGUCAAUAAUUCAGAGAGGAAGGCAAGACCUCAGAAAGAACAAGCCCUAAACUGUCCAAGGUGCAACUCAACCAACACCAAAUUCUGUUACUACAACAACUACAGCCUCACACAGCCCAGGUACUUCUGCAAGACUUGUAGAAGGUACUGGACUGAAGGUGGGUCCCUCAGAAACAUCCCAGUUGGGGGGGGUUCAAGGAAGAACAAGAGAUCAUCAUCUUCUUCAGCAGUCGCUAAUUCUUCUACAACAACAUCUUCUACUUCUUCAGCAUCCAAGAGGCUUCCUGAUCUGAUACAACCCCAAAACCCAAAGAUUAAUCAAGGCCAAGAUCUAAACCUGACUUUUCCAGCCACUAAUCAAGAUUUCAGGAAUAUUAUAUCUGACCAUUUGGUUCAUCAUCAUCAACAACAUCAUCAAUUGCCCAACAACAACAACAACAUGGAAAACAGCAACAAGCAGAACCACAUUAAUAUUUCUGCUUCUUCCCCAUCUUCUACCACCACCACCACCACAUCUCACCUCUCAGCUUUGGAGCUUCUCACUGGAUUGACUUCAAGGGGUUUGAAUUCCUUCAUGCCUAUGCCAGUUCCAGACCCCAACCACAACAACAACACUGUAUAUAGCACCACAUCUGGGUUCCCUAUGCAGGAUUUCAAGCCAACACUUAAUUUUUCCCUGGAUGGGCUUGGAAGUGGAUAUGGGAGUCUGCAAGGUGUUCAAGAGAGCAGUGGGAGGCUUUUGUUCCCAUUUGAAGAUUUGAAGCAAGUUUCAAGCACUGGAGGAGGGAUUGAGCAGAACAAGGAGCAUGGAGACUCAACUGGGUAUUGGACAGGAAUGUUAGGAGGAGGAUCAUGGUAA